AUGGUAAUGUUGUUGAAUACCUCAAGAAUGAUGUUGGUUUCGAACGGUGGAGUAGAGUUCAUUUUCCAGGAAGAAGUGCGAGAAACUAGACGUGAAAUAGCAGAUAAAUUAUCUGUACAACAACUUCAUGUGAAUGAGUUUAUUGUUCAAGGGUAUGGUCAGGACGCAAGAUUUAACAUCAACGGCAAAACAUGCUCCUGUAAAGUGUGGGAUCUUCAGCAAUUGCCUUGUGCCCAUGCAUUGGCAGCACUCAAAGCUCAGCGAUUACCAGACUAUGGUGAGAGAGUUUACAAUCUAUGUUCACCAUAUUAUUCGGCAGAAUUCCAUCGGUUGGCUUAUUCAAAGAUUAUAAACCCUGUUCCUCCAAAAGAGCAAUGGGAAUGGGCCACAGAAAAUAUAAUUAAUCCACCCAUUGUGAAGCGUGUGAAAGGCCGGAAACGUAAGAAAAGGAUCCCAACAGUUGGUGAAGAUGUUAAAAAGAGAAACAAAUGUUCUCUCUGCAAGCAAGUCGGCCACAAGAAGACUACUUGUCCCGAUAAACGUACUUGA